AUGGCCGACCGCGGUGGUGCCGGCAAGGCUGUGGAGAAGGCAGUACGCACCUCGGGCAAGACCAAGGAUGAGGAGCGCAACGACGUCGUCGGCCUGGUGAUCAGCGCCUUGCUGACGGUGGCUGGCGCAGGCCUUACUGGCUUCUUCAGCGACAAGGCCGCCACCGCCCGCCUGUGCGUCUUCCCGGAAGACAAGGCUGCUGCCUGCUCCACCGUCGUGGCGGGCGUCCCGGGCGUCAGGAUGACCUGCGUGGGGGCGCCAAACGCCCAGGGGUGCAUCAACCUGGUGACCUCGGGCCGCGCAGAGCUCAUUCACUUGCAGGGUGAGGAGCAGUACCUGGCGGGCACCUCGGCCAAGCUCGUGCCCCUCGUGUCCGAGUUCUACGGCUCGUCCGUGGGCACCUCGUACUUCGCAGUGGCCGUCGUUGACAAGGCCUUCUGCGACCAGGGCGCCGGCAAGCUGACGAUGGCCAGCCUCAAGGGCGCCCGCUCCUGCCACACGGGCUACCGCAAGACUGCCGGCUGGACCGUACCCGUGGGGUUCAUGGUGGCGCAGGGCAUCAUGCCGGUCGUGAACAGCAACGGCGCCGUCCAGACAGACGCCCAGAGUGUCGCCUCCUUCUUCUCAGAGACCUGCGCCCCACGCGUCACCAGCGACGGCCCCCUCCGCGGCGGCGCCGCCUGGGACGGCCUCUGCACGGCUUGCCAGGGCAACUGCUCUGAGACGGGCCCCUACGGCGAUUACCAGGGUUCCCUGCGCUGCCUCAUGGAGGGCGCCGGCGACGUGGCCUUCAUCAAGGAGACAACAGUGCAAGACUUUGCCAAGGGCGGCCCCAAGGCGGAGGACUGGUCAGUGAAGGCAGCUGCAGACCUGCGCCUGCUCUGCCCCGCUGGCGGGUGUGCCACCGUCGACAUGUAUGACAGCUGCAACCUGGCGCGUGUCCCUGCCUACGCGUUUAUGGCCACUCCCGCCUUCCGCGCGAGCACGGCUGGCCAGGCCGUUGCCACCGCCCUGGUUUCGGCCAGCAAGGCCCCUGCUUUCCUGGCCAAGGCGGUGGGUGCUGGCCUGCUGACAAAGGACACCAAGGAGCUCAGGCCCGAGGCAUCCAGCUUCGAGGAAUACUUUGGGGCUUCAACCCUGGCGGCAUACGCCUCCAUGCGCAAGCUGACAACCACGGCAUCCAACGCGCCCAGCGCGGCCCCCUCGGCCAAUACGGCGAGCGUGGGGCCCUUGGACGCCUCGUCCGUGCUCGUGCCAAUGGCGGCCCCCUCUGGCGGCGGCGCAAAGGGCGGCCUGAACGGCGGCGCGGUCGCAGGCAUCGUCAUCGGCGUUCUUGCUGCAGUUGCGCUGCUGGCUGGCGGUGUCUGGGCCUUGCGCCGCCGCAGCGCGCGCCGCUCAGGGUUCAGCGCCUAUGACACCAGCAAGGGCGCGAUAGGCAAAGAUUUUUCCGCCCCUGUGUGA